AUGACGAAAGACGAACCGCCGCAAACAAAAUUACAACUUGACUCAAAAUCCGAAAAGUUGGAAAAUUCUCUAUCAAGCAAUAUCGAAGUAAAUGUUGAUGAUCUGCCUGCAAUAGCUCUUGAUCCAGAUGUAAUUCGCGCAAUAGAAGAACAAACAUAUGUCAAGUCUGGCAGGAUAUCGUACGCUCAACUAUAUUCUUAUGCCAAACCCUUCGAUUGGCUGCUUAUGUCUGUUGGAAUAACAUUUGCUGUAAUUUCCGGAGCAACUAUGCCUCUUAGCACAAUAUUAUUCGGUAAAAUGGUAGACGUUUUCACCUAUUAUCAAGAAGGAAUUACCACCGAGCACGCUUUCCAAACCAAAAUAAACCUGUAUGCUCUCCUCUUUUUAUGUCUGGGACUUUUGUCUUUCGCUACAACAUAUUUGUUUAUGUCAACAUGGACUUAUACCGGAGAAAGAAUCACACGUGAAAUACGUGAGCAUUACUUACAGGCUAUAUUGCGACAAAAUAUCGCUUACUUUGACAAACUUGGGGCAGGAGAAGUAACUACGCGUAUUACUUCCGAUACACAUUUGAUACAAGAUGGCAUUAGCGAGAAAGUACCGUCGUCGACAUCUUAUGCGUCACAAUUUAUAUCGGGCUUUAUAAUUGCAUUUACACGAAGUUGGAAGUUGACCCUUGUAAUUGCAUGUGUAAUACCUCUCAUAGUAACGUCAGCUUCGACCAUGAACAAGUUCAGCGCUCUAUUUGUGAGGAAAAGUCUAGGCUUCUACUCGCGAGCCGGAAACAUAGCAGAGGAGGCGAUAUCAACCAUUCGCACUGUCGUAGCCUUUGGUUCGCAAAAGAAGGUAUCCAAACUAUACGACUCGUAUCUUGAAGACGCAAAGCGUCAGGGAAUUAAAAAAGCACUUGUUACGGGGAGUGCGUUUGGUGCAAUAUUCUUUUUCAUAUACUGUGCCUAUUCGUUAGCAUUCUGGUAUGGAUCUCGACUGCUGCUGGAAGGCCAGCUGACACCUGGAACCAUCGUGAACGUAUUCUUUGCUGUGAUUAUUGGAUCAUUUGCAUUAGGACAUAUUGCUCCUGACCUACAAGCUUUCUCGUUUGCUAUUGGCGCCGGAUCAAAAAUAUUUGAGACUAUCAAUCGCAUUCCCCCAAUCGACUCUAUGAGCGAGGAUGGACUAAAGCUGGAAAAAAUCAAUGGCAAAAUUCAAGUAAAGAACGUAUCCUUUAUAUAUCCAGCAAGACCGAACUUGCAGGUACUUGAUAAUGUGUCACUCGACAUUGAACCCGGGACUACUGUUGCGUUGGUUGGUGCGUCGGGUUCGGGAAAAAGUACCAUUGUGUCUCUAGUACUUCGAUUUUAUGAUCCUGUUAAAGGACAAGUGUUAUUAGAUGGUCAUGAUAUAAAAUCAUUCAACCUCAAAUGGCUUCGUAGGCAAAUGGCACUAGUAAGCCAAGAACCUGUCUUAUUCAAUACCACAAUCUAUGGAAACGUAUCCCAUGGUCUGAUUGGAUCUCAAUUUGAAAAUAGUUCGGAGGAGAAGAAACAUGAACUAAUUGAGAAUGCUUGCAAGAUAGCGAAUGCACACGAUUUUAUCAUGAAAUUGCCAAAUCAAUACGAAACAAUAGUUGGCGAACGAGGUUUUUUGUUGUCUGGAGGACAGAAGCAGCGUAUAGCCAUUGCCCGUGCCAUCGUAAAGAAUCCCCAAAUAUUAUUAUUGGAUGAAGCUACCAGUGCAUUGGAUACACACAGCGAGGCCAUCGUACAGGAUGCUAUCGAUAAAGCGUCCAAGGAUCGUACAACAAUAGUAAUAGCCCAUCGAUUAUCAACAAUCAGAAACGCCACCAAAAUUGUAGUUAUGAGCGAAGGUGGCGUAGUAGAAGUGGGCUCACAUGACGAGCUGAUGGCCAAGAAUGCGGCAUAUGCUCGACUAGUGGAAGCACAAAAAGUAGAAAAUGAUAGAACCGAACCAACUUCUUUGGAGGACAUGGACAAACAGAUAGACAUUGUCCCCGAAGAGGAUGUAAAUAUAGGUCGAAUAGUACCAAAUAGAGCAACAUCAGUAUCAUCGGAAGUACUCAAGAAACAAAAAGAAGACAUUGAAGCAAACACCAAAAAGGUCGAUCAAUACUCGACAUGGGAAUUGCUCGUCAAAGUCGGACGCAUGAAUCGCUCAGAGCUUCCACUCAUCCUUUUAGGUCUAUUCUCAUCAAUGGUAUCUGGUAUCGUACAUCCGAUAUUUGCCAUAAUAUUCGCUAAUAUACUUGCCACGUUUUCCAAGACUGGCGACGAUCUUCGCUCAGGCGCCAACUUUUGGGCCCUGAUGUUUCUUAUCAUUGCGUUCGCCAUCCUUUUGUCUUAUUUCACCCAGAACGCUGCGUUCGGCUUUUCGGGAGAACGACUUAUAGUGAGAACAAGAUCCAUGUCAUUUGCGGCAAUAUUACGACAAGACAUUGAAUUCUUCGACGACGAGAAGAACAACGUUGGUGCUUUAACAAGUGCUCUAUCUCUGGACGCUACUCAAGUGAACGGAUUGGCUGGAGUGACAAUGGGUACCUUACUCCAAGUAUUAACUACCAUUCUUGGUGGAUUAAUCGUUGGGUUUGUGGUUGGUUGGAAAUUGACUCUUGUGUGCUUGUGCUGCAUUCCUCUUCUUAUUGGAUCCGGUGCUUUGAGGAUGAAAAUGCUUAACGGUUUCCAAGCAAAGACUAAACAGGCUUACGAAGAUUCUGCGCAGGUUGCAUGCGAAGGAGCUGCUAAUAUACGUACUGUUGCCUCACUCACCCGUGAGGAGGAUCUCGCAAAGUUAUAUUGUAGUCAUCUGGAUGAACCAAUGCGUCAAGGUGUCAAAAACGCAUUCAUCGCGUCGAGUGUAUUUGCUUUUGCUCAUUGUGUCACUUUUAUGACCAAUGCUUUAGCAUUCUGGUAUGGUAGUCACUUGUUUAAGACGGGAGAAUACGACUUGAAGAAAAUGUUUACUGUAUUCAUAGCAAUUAUCUUUGGGUCCAUGUCUGCUGGGCGUGCAUUUGCGUUUGCACCCGAUAUAGCCAAGGCCAAGUCCUCGGCUGCCUCGAUCAUUGCUCUGCUUGAGCGUGUUCCAAAAAUCGAUAUUUGGUCAAAGGAAGGAAGGAAGUUGGAGAAAAUUGAAGGACAAGUUGAAUUUACUAAUGUACAUUUCCGAUAUCCAACGAGACCCCAUGUCCCCGUAUUAAGAGGAUUGAACAUUAAAGUGAAACCGGGUCAAUUUGCUGCUUUAGUUGGUGCCUCUGGUUGUGGAAAGAGUACGACCGUUGGCCUGACCGAAAGAUACUAUAACAUUACUAGUGGGAAGAUUGAAAUAGAUGGCGUUGAUAUUACGACGGUUAAUGUAAAUGAUUUGCGUGAACAUAUCGCAUUAGUAAGUCAAGAGCCUUCACUAUAUGACAUGACGAUAAAGGAGAACAUAUUAUUUGGAGCGAAACCAGGGCAAUCACCAACUCAUGAAGAUAUUGAAAGAGCAUGUCGUCAAGCCAAUAUUCAUGACUUUAUCACCGGCCUCCCUGAUGGCUACAAUACUCGAGUGGGAAGCAAAGGUACACAGCUUUCAGGCGGGCAAAAGCAGCGUAUUGCUAUCGCCCGUGCGUUAAUAAGAAAUCCAAAAAUACUACUACUUGAUGAAGCAACAUCGGCACUCGAUUCAAAGUCUGAACAAGUAGUACAGAAGGCUCUUGAUGUCGCCGCUAAAGGAAGGACAACCAUUGCUAUUGCUCAUAGACUAUCUAGAGUUAAUAGCGAAGAAAGGUUUAUAUGCUGA